UUCAGAGUAUCAGGGAUCGAUCAACUGGGUUGAGAGUUGAGAGAUUGAGCAGUGAGCCAUGAUGAAGAGAGUUACAUUCGAGGAGAAGGAAAUGGCGCGCGUGCUGCUCCUUGUGUCGCGGGAGCAGGCGAUGCACAUGCCGAUGCCGAUGCCGGGGCCGUUGCCGGUGGCUGGGCGCGGUGACCGCUCCCCUGAGCGGGCGUUCGUGUGCAAGACGUGCGGCCGCGUGUUCCCCUCCUUCCAGGCUCUGGGCGGGCACCGCGCCAGCCACAAGAAGCCUCGGCUGGACGGCGACGACCUCAAGCCCAAGCUGCACGGCUGCUCCGUCUGCGGCCUCGAGUUCGCCAUCGGCCAGGCGCUCGGCGGCCACAUGCGGCGCCACCGCGCCAUGGGCGGCGUCAUGGCGCCCCUGGCAGUGAUCAAGAAGCCCAGCGCCGGCAGCAGUGUUGUUGUCGCCGGCGGCAACAAGCGCGGGCUGUGGCUCGACCUGAACCAUCCGCCGUGCAGCGACGACGCCGAUCACGGCGAGUGCGGCCACGACGCGGCUGCCGCCGGGUACACGUUCCACCAGUUCCUCGACACUGGCACCAUGGCGGUGGACUGCGUCUAGCUACUCUUCCUCUCUAUUGCCUGGUUUUUGCCGGAUAGUAGGAUAUUUUCAUGUGUGUUGCUGUACACU